AUGCGUACUUCCCUCGCCAUCGUAGCCCUCUCGGCCCUCACUGCCGUCUCUGCCCAGCGCAAGGUCUACACUGCUGCCGAUAUCAACGUUGCUACUGUCUCCGUGAACCAGAGAGCCAGCUGGUGUGUCGCCGAGCGCAACACUUGCAAGGUCCUUUGCGAGCCUAACCCCACCACCAACGACUGCGAUUCUACCACCCUUGUCUACUCUUGCCUCUGCCCCAACGGCUCUGCCCCCGGCCUUGAGUACUACGAGCAGACCAUGCCCACCUUCAUCUGCGAGAAGGCCUUCGAGGACUGCAUCACAGCCAACGUUGGUGACGCUCGCGGCCAGACCAACUGCACCGACACCAUCAAGUCCCAGUGCGGUACCGUUAACGCCCAGGCCGACCAGGCUUCUGGUGUUUCCACCACCACCACCGCCUCUGCUACCAGCGCUGCCACCGGAACUGGUACCGCCGCCGCUACUACCGCCGCCUCCAGCUCCAGCUCUUCCGCCUGGGCUGUUCCUACUGCGAACCCCGCCCACGUCGGCAAUGCUGCUGCUGCUGUGGUAAACUGCGAGCCGCGAUUGCUUCAUGCGGCGACAUGA